AUGGCUAAACCUUCAACCAUUCUUUUCAAGACACUUUUCAUUGUAUACUUCCACCAAUCACAAUCAGCCACGUACAACAUUGUGGAUUUAGGAGCAAAUCCCAACGGCGAAAUCGAGUCCACAAAUUCGAUGUUGAAAGCAUGGACCUUAGCUUGUGCCUCCAUAACCCCACCCACAAUUUAUGUGCCACAAGGCAGAUUCCUCCUAAAAGACCUACACUUCAAGGGUCCGUGCAACAACAAUGCCGUGACGUUCCGCAUCAACGGCACCCUAGUCGCUCCAAUAUCCGACUAUGGUUCCAUUGGAGGUGCCGCCAACUGGCUCCUCUUCGAAGGGGCCCACGGCGUCUCCAUACAAGGCGGCGUCCUCGAUGGUCAUGGUGCCGCCUUGUGGGCUUGCAAGAUGAGUGGCAACAAGUGCCCCGAUGGUGCCACGACACUGGGAAUUACGAAUUCAAAAAAUGUAGCAGUCUCGGGAUUGACAUCCCUAAAUAGCCAAAUGUUCCAUAUCGUGAUCAAUGGUUGCGAAAAUGUGAUGUUACAAGGAGUUACUAUUUUAGCCCCUGAAAAUAGUCCCAACACCGAUGGAAUUCACGUACAAUUGUCGACUGGGGUAACUAUUUUGAACUCGAAAAUUGGCACGGGAGACGACUGCAUCUCGAUAGGGCCGGGUACCACUGAUCUGUGGAUCGAGAGCGUCGGUUGUGGCCCCGGCCACGGCAUUAGCAUAGGGAGUCUAGGUAAGGAUUUUGAAGAGGAAGGGGUAGAAAAUGUGACAGUGAAAAGUGUAAUAUUCACAGACACACAAAAUGGAGUGAGAAUAAAGGCAUGGGGAAGACCAAGCAAAGGGUUUGCAAAUGAUAUUUUGUUCCAACAUGCCAUUAUGUCCAAUGUCCAAAACCCUAUAGUCAUUGAUCAGAACUACUGUCCGAGUAACAAGAAUUGUCCUAGCCAGGUAUCUGGGGUGAAAAUCUCAAAUGUGACUUACCAAGACGUUGAAGGUACAUCGGCAACAAAAGUAGCCGUGAAAUUCGAGUGCAGUGAGAGUAGUCCAUGUCAUGCCAUAAAAUUGGAAAACAUUAACCUUAGUUACAAAAACCAAGCUGCACGAGCAACAUGCUCCAAUGCCGCCGGCACGGUGGCCGGCAUUGUCGAACCAUCGAGCUGCUUGUUUUGA